UGAUGUAUCAAGAUUGAGUUCAAUGCUGGUGCAUUAACAAGUUGUUCCAUAAACAAGAACAUGGAAUCUAUUGGCCUACACUCUUUGGUUAUAAAAAAAAAUCUGUCAUUUGUCGGCGUCCGUUUGUUUUUUAAUUUAAAAUUACUGAUAAUAUUGUUAUUCUGAUUCAGAAUUGUGACAAAUUUAUCUUACUAAAUUGUUAAAUAUUGUUUUCUGGCUAAACAAUUUUUGCCAAAAUGGAAAAUUCUAUUAAUGAAAAUGAAGCGCAUCAAUCUUUUCGGUCACCACCUCGCCGAAUGCGGUCUACCUUUUUCGAAAGAAGAGACUCUAUAGUACCACAAACAUUAACAGAAGAUGCGGAUGUAGAUGAGUGUAAACAAACGAAAUUUGAUAGUCAAAAGCACAAUGAAGAACUCUCCAGGUAUUAUGAUAAACUUUUAUCAGAAAAAGACCAGUGGAAAAAAGAAGUAACUAAUAGACAGAACAAAUAUCAUGAUCUUAGACAUCAAUAUCAAAUGGCAGUAAAAACAUCCAGCAGAUCAAGAAUGUCCUAUGCUGCAUUAUCAAAUGAAGAUAUUGAGUUUCUGAAAGCAAAACCAAACAUUGCACAUCUAGUUGAGUGUCAACAAAAACUGCGCAAGUCUGUGAAAGAAACUAGAGCAUUAUUCAAAAGAGUUAAUGAACUUGAUGAUGUACUAUUGAAUUACAGUGAAGAUAAAGUCAACAAAAUUACAGAAUACAUUUUGGAGAAUAGUAGUGUUGACCCUGUGUAAAUUUUUUGAUGCUUAAUUCUACAAUAAUAUGGGUAUUGAUAAUUGUGUCUUCCUUUUAAAAUGUUCAUUGUACAAGGACAACACAAACAUCAGUUCUGUACUAUAUAUUGAGGACAUAAUAUCAUAAUUGAUUUUAUUGUUAAUAAUUUUGUAAAUAUAAGUACACUAGAGACUAUUUUAACCUCAUAUGCAUGGUUUAUAAGAUUAUUUAUUCUAUUAUUGCAAUCUACUGAAAUCUAGAAAUAAAUAUCCUGAUAGCAGGAUUUAAGUAUGUACUUUAACAUAAUAAGAUGUCUGAAGUACCCUUUAGAUAUUUUUGUAGUUUUAAACUAAAAAAGACUAGUGUAUAUUUGUUAGUUAUAUUUUCAAGACUUCAUCAGCCUGCAGAACAAAAAAAAAACAAACUAAAUGAAUUAUUUUUGUAUUUUAUAGCUACAUCAUGUCAAGGGGACUUGACAUCAACUUUUUAUUAAAAAUAUGAAAUUUGCAUCACAAAUACUUGUCAAAAUGUGUUGUCAGAGAUGGCUCAAAUAUUCUAAGGAAUAUAGUUAUAUUCAAUAAUUUUAUUUAUGUACAUAGACUACCUCUAAUUAAUUGUAAAUAACACAUUUAUUAUAUUUCUGUACUUUGUACAUACAAUUCUUGAAUUAAUGUAAAUAUUUUUACAAUAAAAAAGACUAACAACAGGAAUGUUUAAUAAUUUCUAACUUAUAUUUUAGUUUUCUCUAUGGAAUACCUAUGGACUUCGAACCUUAUGAUUUUACUAUAAUACUUACUAGCUGACCUGCAAACAUUGUUCUACCCUAUACCCCACUAGCAGAUCCAUCGGAUCAGAUGGUCUCCGCGCGGAUUCUGGAAACCAACGUGAUUAAUUCUUGUAGAAUUCAUUAUGAUGAGCCAACCGACCUGCAUAUAGUCUUACCUAUACUCUCUCAC